AUGAUGUCCGUCAAAACCCUCAAAUCCCUUCUCCGAAACCCUAAAUUGAGCUCACCAAUUUCUCAAAUCCACCACUAUACCUCCAAACCUUCUUCGCUUCACAACCCUGCAAUUCAGUUCGUUCUAGAUGCAGCUCGAGAAUCACAUUCCUCUAAAACUCGAUUCGAUUCCCCUGUUCGGAAUGAGGGACAGGAAAUUUUGGCCCAGAAACAUAAAGGGGCUUCUUCUGGAAUCCAGGUUUGGCAUCCAUGGAGUGAAUGGGGGGAUUUCAUGAAGAGAUUGCUUAGAGAUGGGUAUUUCGAUGAAGUUGGGAAUCCAUUUGAGCCUGCUCGAGAAUUGGGUAGUAAGGAGGCGAAUUUGAUCCGAACUGCUUCACUCAACUUUGCGCGCGAUCAUUACCAGCUAAUAAGGUACUUGUCAAGGAAAGAUAUUAUGGUAGUAGCUGGGUCCGGAUGUCCGAGCACAGACCGUAAAGUUGUCAACUCCGGAAAACGUAUGAGAUAUCAUGUAGGAAUUGAUGAAGGGAAUGUUUGCAGCUCGUGCAUUUUAAGAGGUGAAUGUGAUAGAGCAUACGGCAAGGCAAGUGAGGGUGAAGGUGGUAGGACGGUGGACAUAAUGCGUUUAGUAUUGACAUAUGGUCUUGAUCCUAUAGUUGAUUCUGUGGAAAACAAGCCGUGCUUGAACAAAAGGGUUAAGGAAUCUGUAAGAACAUUAUUGAAACAAAUGGUCGAAAUUAGAGUUGUGGGACAUGAUGAGGAACAACCAAAAACCGCCACUCGGGUGUGGUCCCAGGAGAGUGAUGUUCACCAGCAAAGGACUCAAUUUGCUGGCCCAAUGAAGCACGGUGACUGGAUUUGUCCCAAAUGCAAUUUCCAUAAUUUUGCCCGAAAUAUCAAGUGUCUGCGAUGUGACACCUUCUCUGAGGAAAGACUACGAAAAGUAGCAGCAGAACAAGAAAACCUUCCUUUGAAGAAAGGAGACUGGGUUUGUGGCAAAUGCAACUUCUUAAACUUUGCUAGAAACACAAAGUGUUUACAAUGCAAGGAGAAGCCUCCUAAACGACACUUAAAUCCUGGAGAAUGGGAAUGCGACUCGUGUAAUUACAUCAACUUCAGGAGAAACAUGGUAUGUCUGAAGUGCGAUCAUAAGAGACCAAUUGCUUCGCACAGUGCUGGCACUGUCUGUCAACACGCGAACAACAGUAUAAGAAACCACCAAACUCGGGCGCGGCUUGGACAAGACAAUAAAAGUGGUUAUGAGGAUUAUGAUUCACUGGAAUUUGUGGAGGACAGGGAUGAAGAUGACGAUAGUGUUAGGUCAUGGGACAUGCGCUUUCCAGUCGCUGGGGGUAAGAGUGACUUCUCACAUGAAAUGCGGAGGCGAGAAUUGUGGAGAAUGGAAAUGGCAAUGAAUGGCAAGCAUGAGGGGCAUGAAAAGACAUUCAUCGAGUCUGUUGAUAGUGACGACGGCGCAGAGGAGGAGGAGGACAUGGCUGAAUGGUUUGGAGGUGUAAAGAAGUGA